CCACUGCCACCACUGGCCGCCAUGUUGGAUCAGGAAGUGGGCAUAGCCGAAGCAGGAAUCCCGAGCCGAGCUUAACGUCAACCACCGUGUUUACUCGAUCGCUCGCACCGUUUCUUCACCCGUUCUCACCUCUAUAACAUCCAGGUGAACUGGAUGCUUCGUGGCUUUCUGUCUGGUCGAGGUAGGCGCUGCUUUUCUUCUGGAUUUGAUCGUUUUGUGCACCACCAGCAGCAGCAGCAGCAGCAGCAGCUAUGGCCUCUCUCAAGCAGAGGACGUCGGGCCUCGUCCAGCGGAGGACGGAGGCCAUCCGAGCCGCCGACAAGGAGAGGGAGUCCGGCGGGGAGGAGGACGAGGCGGCGCGGCGCGGAGAGGAGGAGGAGGACGACGACAGCAACAAGGGGGACUCGAAGGAAACCAGGCUCACACUGAUGGAGGAGGUGCUGCUGCUGGGCCUCAAGGACCGAGAGGGCUACACGUCUUUCUGGAACGACUGUAUUUCCUCCGGUCUCCGCGGGUGUAUGCUGGUGGAGCUGGCCCUCCGGGGGAGGUUACAGUUGGAGGUGUGUGGUGUGAGGAGGAAAAGCCUGCUCUCUAGAAAGGUGAUCUGCAAGUCAGAUGCCCCGACAGGAGACGUACUGCUGGACGAGGCCUUGAAGCACGUUAAAGAAACCCAGCCUCCAGAGACUGUGCAGAGCUGGAUAGAGCUGCUGAGUGGAGAGACCUGGAAUCCCCUGAAGCUGCACUACCAGCUGAGAAAUGUUAGAGAACGUCUGGCAAAAAACCUGGUAGAGAAAGGUGUCCUCACCACGGAGAAACAGAACUUCCUGCUCUUUGACAUGACCACACAUCCGCUCACCAACAACACCAUUAAACAGCGCCUCGUCAAGAAGGUCCAGGAGUCCGUUUUGGAGAAGUGGGUCAACGACCCUCACCGCAUGGACAAGCGGGUCCUGUCCCUGAUCCUCCUGGCCCACUCGUCCGACGUUCUCGAGAAUGCCUUCGCCCCACUCCAAGACGACCAGUACGACCUGGGCAUGAAGAGAGUCCACACCCUGCUGGAGCUGGAGCCGGAGAAAGAGAGCACAAAGCCCAACGUCAACGAACUCAUGUGGGCCGUGGUGGCCGCGUUCACUAAAUGAAAAAACACCUGAUUGGUUGGACUGGAAGAUCUGGCUAUGGUCUGUGUUAUUUAAUUGGUUGAAGGACUUCACUUAAUGAGACGGACUUCACUCUAAUGAGGCAAUCUAUUUCGGUUGGGGAGCCUGUUUGUACAUCUGUUCCGGAUGACAUUUCGGUGGCAGUCCAUAUUAACCCAGUGCAAUCCGAUUGGUGGUGGGCUUCACCAAGUAACAUUUUGGUUGGUUGGAUUGGUUUCUAAAUGAAAAAAAUGACUGGCUGCUUUCACACAGUGAGGUAUAUUAUCUGCUGCUGCGAGGCUGGAUAUACUUAGAAAACAUCAACACUACGAACAGAUGGGUUUCUGUUAAAUGUUAGAUGACAUCAAAGAACAAAAGCAGUUGGCAGCAGUAGUCAUGGUGAAUAUGAAGAUUUUUGACUGGGGCCAAGUUUCCCUUUCUUCACUAAAGGAAACAUCAUCUCCACAUUACUACAAGAUGUGGCCAGAAUCAAAUCCUGGUCUCGUCUCCAUUCUCUCCCACAUGCUUUUAUGCAAGGAUAACGGAUAGCACAUCACUGCUAUUGAUGCUCUUUGCACUCGUGCAGGUCUCCUGCUUUCCACCUGUUCAUUCCCACUUGUGUUGGGAGUACAUGCUUUAGGGUUACUGUUAGAAUAGACUACCUGAAUGUUUACUCAUUAAAUCCUCUUUUCCUCCUUUCUUCCUCAUUUGCAUUUUGAGGAGGAAAUGGAGGACACAAAUAAAACGCUUGAUCGCCUGCAUCAUUACUGGGUAAUUUGACCCCUCAUAGACUCUAACCCUAAAUGAAGAAUUAAACCCGGAGUCUAACAAACCUCUUUAUCUUAUUAGUUGCAAUGGGUCCAUUCUGUGUUUAUAUAGAAUGAGACUAGUCUUCCACUUCUAUUUAUGUUGCUAAUCGAUGCUUGGAGUAGUCUGCCAUUUAUCAACUAUUUUGCACAGCCAAUAGCCCCCGUAGGUAGGACCGUAUUUAUAGGGAUUUCUUUCUUGGGUUGAGUAUACUUGAGAAGAUGAGAUUGAAAAUUAUGAACCAUAGCAACCAUUGCUAAAAAAAAAAGAAAGAUCUCACUUAUUUUGUCUACAAUUAUUGAUCUUUAUGAAUCUUUUAAAAUCAUUCCUCUGGGCAUAUAAUUAAAAAAAAAAAAAAAUGUGCUCAUAUUUUUAAGUGUGAGAUGUAAAAACAGACUGAUUUGUGAACAGCCUACACAAGAAUUUACAGUAUGAUCAUCAGUGGCUGAUUAUACAAAGGGGUUUGGGAAAUGUUAGCCAAAGUGGCUAGUUUAAAUUCAGAAAAUGUUAAAUGGUUAGUUCAGCCAAAUUAUUUUAAAAACACAUUUUCUCACUUAACACUAGUGGUAUCUAGCCAUGGCAGGGUUUAGUUAGGUUUUGAAAUAUGUCUCAAAGACAUUCGCCUCUAUCUUAACACAAUGACGGUAAAUUGAAUUUACUUUUAAGAUGCUCGUCAGCAGUAAAAAAUUCAGUAUCUCUUUGUGGAGUUUCCCAUUAAUCCACAAUACUGUGAACUGUUUUCUUACUUUGCACUAAAGAGGUCGUCCCUAUAAAAAUGUGUUACCAGCAAGUUCUGGGGAUUCACUAGAUACCAACAGAUGUAAGUGAGACAAUGUGUAUUUUGUAAUUUUGGCUGAACCGACCCUUUUUUAAGUUUCCCUUUUGCAAUAUAUUGUAUCUCUCAGUUUGUAUGUCAUGUCAUAAUUAGCUGUUCUUUCUAUCUGGUAGGCCCACGCGGGCAUGUUCUAUUGUUUCUUACAUGCUGGUGACGGGAGGGUUGCUUGGGCCCCAGAUGAAUCCUUGUUAAAGACUGAAACUGUUCAACAACAUGCAAUCUAUUGGAACAAAACCCAUCUCCAGUUCAGUGCAGAUGUGGGAACGCUUCUGUUUCAAUAUGAAAUGAUGACAUCAUUCUGGUCUAAUGAGUGUGUUAUGUGUAUGAAGAUACAUCACCUAUUGUUUCAUGGCAUACUUAGUUCUGUCUUGAUUUUUUAUUUUUUUUUUAAUCUACCAACAAAAUACCAAUAGGUAUGAAGAAGUGUUGAGAUCCGUUUACAGCGAAGAGACCAUGCAUGCUAUCGGUGGAGGGCUGGGGUACUUGUGGAUGUAGCUACAGAGGAAAGGCUUGUAUGUAAUUAUUAGUCAUUUUAUGUGUACGAUCUAAUGGAAUUCAAUGAAAGGGAUCUUCUCUCCUAUCCUCUAUAAUUCUGUAUGCUUUUGUAUUACCACACAAAAUAAAGUAAGGAUCCUUUAAGUGCCUGAAUUUA